GUCCUUUGACAGUGAGCGGGGCGGCGGCGCUGCUGAUUGGUGCCGGGGGCAGGGUGGGCGGUUCCUGGAACCCGGAAGUAGCCGUGCGGGCCAUGGCGGGCUGUGUGCGGGAUCCGUGCGGGCUGCUGUGUGUGCUGCUCACCUACCUGAGCCUGGGGUACGCCGACUAUGUCAUCAUCCGGCACGUCCUGCUCCAGCACUACUCUGAGGGCAUCUGGUGCCCACUUCACGCUGUUGGAUUCAACUUGAUGGUGGUUAUGCUGCUGGCCUGUCACACCCGGGCCGUCUUCUCUGACCCAGGCACCGUGCCCUUGCCCGACACGGCCAUAGACUUCUCCGACCUGCGCUCUGGCACCCCGCGCAAGAACGACACGGGCAACGAGGAUUGGACAGUGUGUAAUCGCUGUGAAACGUACCGCCCCCCAAGAGCCCAUCACUGUCGGAUCUGCCACCGGUGCAUCAGGCGAAUGGACCACCACUGCCCCUGGAUAAACAACUGCGUGGGGGAACUGAACCAGAAAUACUUCAUCCAGUUCCUGUUUUACACCGGUCUCACCAGCCUAUACGCCAUGGGACUAGUAGUGGCCACGUGGUUAUGGCCGCCCAAGAGAGGUUACGUGGAGGAACCGGACACAGGAGUCCCCGCCCACAGCAACGUGCAGAUAGCUCACUAUAUCCUUUUGCUGGUGGAGUCGGUGCUGUUUGGACUCUUCGUUACCGUAAUUUUCUACGAUCAGAUUGUCUCCAUUAUGAAUGACGAGACGCCCAUCGAGCAGUUACGGAAGCGGCUGCUGAAGGAGGCGCGCAGGGAGGUGGCGCACACCCGGAAGCCCAAGAUGGCGCUGCUGCGGGAGGUGUUCGGCAGAGGUUACAUGAUGUGCUGGAUCUUCCCGUGUAACUGCGCUCCGGCCAGCGGCGGCCCCGCUUACAGCUACCUGCCCGACUACGAUGUGUGACCCCCCCCCCGGCUCCGAACCCCCAAACUCAACCAGGUGACAGGAGGCCGAGGGGGGGCCCAGUUAGUUUGCGGUUUAACCCUUCCCAUUGGUGGGUUCCGUGGCCGAAGUUGCUAUGAACAAUGGGAUAUCCGCAGCCUUUUACACUGGAUCCCUGCCCCAACUACUGCUUAUUUAUAAUGUACUGUGUCUUUAAGAGAGGGCGUUCCUUCUGCAGGACGGACAGGAUCUGACUCCGCCCCUCACCACUGUCUAACCUCUCCCAGCUGAUUCCCGCCACCUUGGCAUCUGGGACGCUGUUACAGUCAUCGUCAUAACCCCGCCUCCUCCAGCAAUUAUGGUGUCUGCUGAUUGGCUGGCAGGCUCUAGGUCACAUGCUUGCCUCCUCCCGCAAUUAUGGUGUCUGCUGAUUGGCUGGGAGACUCUAGGUCACAUGCUUGCCUCCUCCAGCAAUUAUGGUGUCUGCUGAUUGGCUGGCAGGCUCUAGGUCACAUGCUUGCCUCCUCCCGCAAUUAUGGUGUCUGCUGAUUGGCUGGGAGACUCUAGGUCACAUGCUUGCCUCCUCCAGCAAUUAUGGUGUCUGCUGAUUGGCUGGGAGACUCUAGGUCACAUGCUUGCCUCCUCCAGCAAUUAUGGUGUCUGCUGAUUGGCUGGGAGACUCUAGGUCACAUGCUUGCCUCCUCCAGCAAUUAUGGUGUCUGCUGAUUGGCUGGCAGGCUCUAGGUCACAUGCUUGCCUCCUAACGCAAUUAUGGUGUCUGCUGAUUGGCUGGGAGACUCUAGGUCACAUGCUUGCCUCCUCCCGCAAUUAUGGUGUCUGCUGAUUGGCUGGGAGACUCUAGGUCACAUGCUUGCCUCCUCCAGCAAUUAUGGUGUCUGCUGAUUGGCUGGGAGACUCUAGGUCACAUGUGUCGGUUUUGUGUAUUUUUCCAGUUUGUUUUUAUGUCGACUUGCCCUUGAAAUGGUCAGUGGUGCUUAUUGCAGGGGUUCCGCCAUUGUAACAAGGAAUUGCGCCCCUAUAUAAUAUCUAUGUGUAGGGGAGGGGCUACAGCUGCAGUACCCCACUUCCUCCAGCAGAGGGCCCAUUACACACCUCUGACUAUACAGGGGCCAUCCCUAUAGAGCUGAGGGGGUGUGUUUGCUGCACCCCGCUUUCCUGUGCUGUUAUUAAGGGCGGGGCUUCCACUUCCGAACCAGAAUUUAUUGUAUAAGUAUUAACUCUUAGGCGCCCAGCCUACCCCUGUGUAUUGUGUGCAAUCAGGAACAUUAUAUCGGGCUGAUACUCAUCCAUUUGAUUUCCAUGUAUUCUUGUAUCCAAUGGCAACCAAAGACUCCCUUUAACCAUUCCAUAUCCGGGGGCGGAGCCUGUCUGCCCAAUGUGGGGGCCCUGUACCCCAGUAGGAUGUAGGAUGUAGACAAUAGGGGACAGUUACUCUCUGUGGCCACUAGGUGGCAGCCUUGAUGCACUUUCCCUUCUGACUAUUGUUCUUGGCUGAAAGGCCUGGGGUUCUGUCCCAGCCGCUGCCAUUAAUAUGUUACACAGAGGGAGAGCCACGUUACAUAUCCCCCCCCCCCCCAGGGGCAGGAGCUGCUUCCUUUCCCCCUUAUUACCCCCCUGUGCUUAUUCUAUGCAUUCCCUAUGGAAGAAAGGGGGGCGGGGCUGUUGGUAACCCUUCCCUUGCCGUGAUAUUCUCUACAGUAUUGGUUUUCUCUAUAGAUCCAGGGGAUAAUGAGUUAAUACAUAAGGACUUGCUGCUGCUGCUGUGCGUCGCUACCUGCGCGCUACCCUGGCAACCACUGAUACUGAGUGAUACUGUGGGAUUUCUUGCUGUAAAAAUAUUUAUUGCUUUUAAGUUUGUUUUUAAUUAAGUGAUGUACAGUUUCUGGGUGAUAUAAAUAAACAUGGAGACCACUA